AUGCCCAACCAGGAGCACUUCUGGCCCAAUCUCAAGGCUUUCGCCGAGAACAACAGGGUCGCUAAUCUGGAGACCCUCGGCCUAGAGUGUGUCGUCUGCAGAGAUUCGUUCCACUACCGAGGCCUAAGCGAUGAUGAAACUCAGCCUCCCAGUCGUCCUCGCGUCCUCCCAUGCGGUCACAUUCUGUGUGCUAGAUGUAUACUCGCAUACUACGACACAGGUGACACCCGAUGCCCUAUCUGCCGCACAGAACUAGUCCACGACUGCGGCCACGCUCACACCGGCAUGCCCCUGCCCUUGACCCCCGGGAAUAUGGACAAGCUGCCUCCCAUCCUGUCGCAAGGUGGCGGUAUGCCACGAGGAUGCGGCCCCUGUGGCAUCCUGGGUUUGCAGAGACUCUUUGAGCGGGAACUGAACAAUAGCCCCUAUAUUCCAGAGGAGCUCAAGGGCGAGUACCUGGGUAUUGGGAUCAUGCUUUACAGCAGUGAUGAAUAUUGCUCGCGGGAGGUGACUGGACCGGUUCUCGAAAUCGAAGCUCCUACCUCCAUCAAGCACAUGAUCAGCGAGAUUGUCGCCUACGCGGUCCGAUCGCAGCGACGGAACCAGGUUUGGUUGGAAGCGGACUUUAGCUCGAUGAAGAUUCGGGCGCUUCACUUCAAGCCCGAUAUUCUGUCACGGGUUGAAGAGUCCCCUGUAGAGCAAGAGACUGCCCCCAACAAUGAAAACUGA